AUGACCAAGACUCUGUGCCACGUCACCUCAGUGUGCUGGAGCUAUCAGAGUACAGAUGGGAGUGGCACACUGAGACGGAGUGGCUCACUGGGGAAAAUCCGAGACGUUCUAAAACGUAGCAGUGAGAUGCUGGUCAAGAAGCUCCAGGGAAAUGGUCAGCCUGAGCCGAAAAAUCCCAGAUUGCACGAGCACACCCUUUUGCAUGGCGUAUGUUGUUGGUCCCACUGUGGGCCUUCUCUCCCUGAGAAAGACAGUGACUUCACAUUCUCUUUCUUUCAGCAUGAAACGAGCAUCCUCUCUGAAUUACCUCAACCGAACCAGCGAAGAAUCGUUCCAGGUAAAGGCAGGGGAGAGUUCUGGUCCAGUACAGGAAACAACAGAGCACUGACCCCGGGUCAGACAGACCCACCGACCCCGGGUCAGUCAGACCCACCGACCCUGGGUCAGACAGACCCACUGACCCCGGGUCAGACAGACCCACCGACCCCGGGUCAGACAGACCCACCGACCCCGGGUCAGUCAGACACAUCGGCCCCGGGUCAGUCAGACACACCGACCCUGGGUCAGUCAGACCCACCGUCACCGGGUCAGUCAGACCCACCGACCCCGGGUCAGUCAGACACACCGUCCCCGGGUCAGUCAGACACACCGACCCCGGGUCAGUCAGACCCACCGACCCUGGGUCAGUCAGACCCACCGUCACCGGGUCAGUCAGACCCACCGACCCCAGGUCAGACAGACACACCGACCCUGGGUCAGUCAGACCCACCGUCCCCGGGUCAGUCAGACCCACCGACCCCGGUCAGUCAGCCACACCGACCCGGGUCAGACAGACCCACUGACCCCGGGUCAGACAGACCCACCGUCACCGGGUCAGUCAGACCCACCGACCCCGGGUCAGUCAGACCCACCGACCCCGGGUCAGACAGACACACCGACCCCGGGUCAGUCAGACCCACCAUCCCCGGGUCAGACAGACCCACCGACCCCGGGUCAGUCAGACCCACCGACCCCGGGUCAGUCAAACCCACCAACCCCGGGUCAGACAGACACACCGACCCCGGGUCAGUCAGACCCAACGACCCCGGGUCAGUCAGACCACCGACCUCGGGUCAGUCAGACACACCGUCCCCGGGUCAGUCAGACCCACCGACCCCGGGUCAGACAGACACACCGUCCCCGGGUCAGUCAGACCCACAUAUCCCGGGUCAGACAGACCCACCGACCCCGGGUCAGUCAGCCCCACCGACCCCGGGUCAGACAGACCCACCAACCCCGGGUCAGUCAGACCCACCGACCCCGGGUCAGACAGACCCACCGUCCCCGGGUCAGUCAGACCCACAUAUCCCGGGUCAGACAGCCCCACCAACCCCGGGUCAGACAGACCCACCGAUCCCGGGUCAGUCAGACACACCGACUCCGGGUCAGUCAGACACACCGACCCCGGGUCAGACAGACCCACUGACCCCGGGUCAGACAGACACACCGACCCCGGGUCAGACAGCCCCACCGACCCCGGAUCAGUCAGACCCACCGUCCCCGGGUCAGUCAGACCCACAUAUCCCGGGUCAGACAGCCCCACCAACCCCGGGUCAGACAGACCCACCGACCCCGGGUCAGUCAGACACACCGACUCCGGGUCAAUCAGACACACCGACCCCGGGUCAGACAGACCCACCGACCCUGGGUCAGACAGACCCACCGACCCCGGGUCAGUCAGACCCACCGUCCCAGGGUCAGACAGCCCCACUGACCUCGGGUCAGUCAGACCCACCGUCACCGGGUCAGUCAGACCCACCAUCCCCGGGUCAGUCAGACCCACCGACCCCGGUCAGUCAGCCCCACCGACCCCGGGUCAGUCAGACCCACCGACCCCGGGUCAGUCAGACCCACAUAUCCCGGGUCAGACAGACCCACCGACCUCGGGUCAGUCAGACCCACCAUCCCCGGGUCAGUCAGACCCACCGACCCCGGUCAGUCAGCCACACCGACCCCGGGUCAGACAGACCCACCGACCCCGGGUCAGUCAGACCCACCGACCCCGGGUCAGUCAGCCCCACCGACCCCGGGUCAGACAGACCCACCGACCCCGGAUCAGUCAGACCCACUGACCCCGGGUCAGACAGACCCACCGUCCCCGGGUCAGUCAGACCCACAUAUCCCGGGUCAGACAGCCCCACCGACCCCGGGUCAGUCAGACACAUCGACUCCGGGUCAGUCAGAUACACCGACCCCGGGUCAGACAGACCCACCGACCCCGGGUCAGUCAGACACACCGACCCCGGGUCAGUCAGACCCACCGACCCCGGGUCAGACAGACCCACCGUCUCCGGGUCAGACAGACCCACCGACCCCUGGUCAGUCAGACCCACUGACCCCGGGUCAGUCAGACCCCCCGACCCCGGGUCAGACAGACACACCGACCCCGGGUCAGUCAGACUCACCGACCCCGGGUCAGUCAGACACAUCGACCCCGGGUCAGUCAGACCCACCGUCCCCGGGUCAGUCAGACCCACCGACCCCGGGUCAGACAGCCCCACCGACCUCGGGUCAGUCAGCCCCACCGACUUCGGGUCAGUCAGACCCACCGACCCCGGGUCAGUCAGACACACCGACCCCGGGUCAGACAGACACACCGACCCCGGGUCAGACAGACCCACUGACCCCGGGUCAGUCAGACCCACCGUCCCCGGGUCAGUCAGACCCACCGACCUAGGUCAGUCAGACACACCGACCCCGGGUCAGACAGACACACCGUCCCCGGGUCAGACAGACACACCGACCCCGGGUCAGUCAGACCCACCGUCCCCGGGUCAGACAGACCCACCGUCCCCGGGUCAGUCAGACCCACCGACCCCGGGUCAGUCAGACCCACCGACCCCGGGUCAGUCAGACACACCGACCCCGGGUUAGACAGACCCACCGUCUCCGGGUCAGUCAGACACACCGACCCCGGGUCAGACAGACACACCGUCCCCGGGUCAGACAGACACACCGACCCCGGGUCAGUCAGACCCACCGUCCCCGGGUCAGUCAGACACACCGACCCCGGGUCAGUCAGACCCACCGACCCCGGGUCAGACAGACACACCGACCCCGGGUCAGUUAGACCCACCGACCCCGGGUCAGUCAGACCCACCGACCCCGGGUCAGACAGACACACCGACCCCGGGUCAGACAGACACACUGAUUUGCGCAGGACUGAGCCUGAGUUACACUCUCUCAGUUUAACACACUGUCAUAAACAAUGUCUCUCUCUAAGACACUCAUGAACACACUCACCUACAAUCACAAGCACUUUCUUUCACACAGACACACCCUCGUGAACAUUGUCACACUCGCUUACGUUCACACAUCUGUGCACACUCUCACCCUCUGACUUACUCAGUUACUCUCUCUGUGAAGAUUUCUGAGCUCUUUGUUUAUCUGGUUCUG